AUGGCCCCGUUAUGGGCAACUGAAAUUUGUGGAUCUUAUGCCGUUCCUUCGACAAAAGCCACCAAUGGAUAUAUUUUGCACCAGGCGAUGAAGUACUUAUUCAUCUUCAGGGAGGCUACAAAAAUCCCUGUCGAUAAGAACUCAAAACUCAGCCCUAAGCUACGUCAGCAAUUUGCGGGACCAUACACUGUAUUGCGCCGAGUGCGCAGACUCGCUUAUGAAUUUGACCUUCCACAGCAUUGGAAGAUACACCCCGUUUUCUCCGUCGCCCACCUCGAGAUAUGCCCUCCAGAAUGCCGACGUCGCCCACGACCAGAAGAGGUCGCUGUCGACAUGAAACGGAAUGGAAAGAGAAGCGACUAUAUCAUUUUCACCAACUUAAACGACAGCACCUUCAAUCACGACUGUGCUAUUAUUCAGUCGGAAGCAGAUAGCUGUAGAUUUCUCUAUCCUCGCUAUCCUCUUCAUUUCAUGUAUCAUCCAGCACACCGACCAGUUCGUACCAAACAACACCAGCAUCAUCAAGGGACGGAAAUCGACACCAAGAACCCCAUAACAUUAUCACUAGACAAACAUUGUGCGUUUGAUUCAUAUUAUAUUCGAACAUUGCAUCCGGGGCCAUGA